GGAAGAUCAACUUACUGGAGAGGAGAGGAGAGGAGGACUGAGUAGGCCAAAGCUGCGGGGAUGUCGUACUUGCUGCCGCACUUACACUCAGGGUGGGCCGUCGACCAGGCCAUCCUCGCCGAGGAAGAGCGUCUCGUGGUCAUCCGAUUCGGCCACGAUUGGGAUGAGACCUGCAUGCAGAUGGAUGAAGUGUUGUCCUCUGUCGCUGAUACGUUGAAGAACUUUGCGGUGAUAUACCUGGUGGACAUCUCUGAGGUGCCUGAUUUCAACACAAUGUACGAGCUGUACGAUCCGUCGACAGUUAUGUUCUUCUUCAGGAACAAGCACAUCAUGAUCGAUCUUGGCACUGGAAACAACAACAAGAUCAACUGGGCUCUCAAGGACAAGCAGGAGUUUGUCGACAUUGUGGAGACCGUCUAUCGUGGAGCGAGGAAGGGACGUGGUCUAGUCAUUGCUCCUAAGGACUACUCCACCAAGUACCGGUAUUAGAAGAGUUCUUCAGAAGGAACUGUGGAAUGCUAUCUGGACCAAGUCAUACUGGAUACGAGUCCUCAAAUGCUGUUAUACAGCACUGCCAAAUAUUGCUACUGAUGUAUUGUCGCAUGUAAGCAUCUGAACCAAGAUUGAAUACUGUAAUGAUGUCGUUUCAUUAAGAACAAGAUGAACUGGUCUUAAUUUCUAC